CAUCUCUGCGAAUCCGAAGACACCAUCUCCGUGUCUUUAUCGCUCUAUUGAAACCCUAAACUGUUUCCCAUAAUCUGUCCAAGAAACCCUGAAUUUCUCCUAUUGUAAGGUCCAUUUCCAGAAAUCCUAAUAUCCUCUCUCUCUCUCUCUCAAGAUCAACAAUGGCAGAGAUCACAACGGUGCCGUUAACAACCAGCAACAACGCGAACCUGGGAGUCCCGCAGAAGACCAUAGAAGAAACCUACCAGAAGAAGAGCCAACUGGAGCACAUCCUGCUCCGACCUGACACCUACAUUGGGUCGAUCGAGAAGCACACCCAAAAUCUCUGGGUCUACGAGGAUGACAAGAUAGUGCACCGCCAGGUGAACUAUGUUCCAGGUCUUUACAAGAUAUUCGAUGAAAUCUUGGUCAAUGCAGCCGAUAACAAGCAGAGAGACCCCACCAUGGAUUCCAUGAAGGUGGUGAUAGAUGUUGAAAACAAUUUUAUCAGUGUUUAUAACAAUGGCGAUGGGGUUCCGGUGGAGAUCCACAAGGAGGAGGGAGUGUAUGUGCCGGAGCUGAUUUUCGGGCACUUGUUGACUAGCAGCAACUAUGAUGAUACGGUGAAGAAGACAACCGGAGGAAGAAAUGGGUAUGGAGCCAAGCUCACAAAUAUUUUCUCGACAGAGUUUGUUAUUGAGACUGCUGAUGGGAAGCGGCGUAAGAAGUAUAAGCAGGUUUUCUCAAACAACAUGGGUAAGAAAUCUGAGCCGAGCAUAACAAAGUGCAAGGAGGGUGAGAAUUGGACGAAGGUCUCAUUUAAGCCUGAUUUAGCAAAGUUUAACAUGGCUAUGCUUGAAGAUGAUGUGGUUGCUCUGAUGAAAAAGCGAGUGAUCGACCUGGCUGGCUGUCUUGGAAAGACUGUGAAGGUUGAGCUAAAUGGGCUGCGGGUUCCUAUUAAAUCAUUUCAGGAUUAUGUUAAAUUGUACUUGGAUUCUGGCACAGAAUCUAAGUCAGAUGCCCCUAAAAGCUUCUAUCUAAAAGUGGGCGAAAGGUGGGAGAUAUGUGUGAGUAUUACUGAGGGGCAGUUCCAACAGGUUAGCUUUGUUAAUGGGAUUGCAACAAUCAAGGGCGGAACUCAUGUUGAUUAUAUAACUAACCAGAUUACCAACUAUCUGGUGGGUGUUGUAAAUAAGAAGCACAAGAAUGCCAACAUCAAAGCACACAAUGUGAAGAACUAUUUAUGGGUUUUUGUCAAUGCUCUCAUUGAUAACCCUGCUUUUGAUUCUCAAACCAAGGAAACUCUGACUCUUCGCCAGAGCAAUUUCGGUUCAAAAUGUGAACUUCCUGAAGACUACCUGAAGAAAGUAGCAAAGUCUGAUAUCGUGGACAAUCUACUCUCAUGGGCAAAAUUCAAGCAAGACAAAGAGCUUAAGAAAUCUGAUGGAACAAAGAGAGGGAGGGUUAAUAUUCCAAAGCUGGAGGAUGCUAAUGAGGCUGGAACAAAAAACUCCCAUAAAUGUACAUUGAUUUUGACAGAAGGAGACUCAGCAAAGACACUUGCUAUAUCUGGUUUAGGUGCGCUGCCUCAAGGAAUUCGAGACUUAUAUGGUGUGUUCCCUUUGAGAGGCAAAUUACUCAAUGUACGGGAAGCCACCUCUAAACAGCUUAAUGAGAAUAAGGAAAUUGAGAGUAUCAAGAAGAUUCUUGGCUUACAGCAAAAUAAGCAGUACGAAAGUGUCAAGGCUUUGAGAUAUGGCCAUCUGAUGAUAAUGACCGAUCAGGAUUAUGAUGGUUCUCACAUUAAGGGCCUGCUGAUCAACUUCAUUUAUUAUUUCUGGCCGUCAUUACUGAAAGUGCCAUCUUUCUUACUUGAGUUUAUAACUCCUAUUGUGAAGGCAACUCAUAGCGGUGGAACUGUUUUAUCCUUUUAUACCAUGCCUGAGUAUUACUCAUGGAGGGAAAGUUUGAUGGGAAAUGCAAGUGGCUGGACAAUCAAGUAUUAUAAGGGGCUAGGAACAAAUGAUAAAAGAGAAGGGAAGGAAUACUUUAGAGAUAUAGAGAAGCAUAAGAAAGAUUUUAUUUGGGUAGAUGACCAAGAUGGGAAUGCCAUAGAGCUUGCAUUCAGUAAGAAGAAGAUUGAAGAAAGGAAGAAUUGGCUUCGACAGUUUCAGCCUGGCACUCAUCUUGAUCAGAAAAUGAAGCUCAUAAAAUACAGUGACUUCAUUAACAAGGAGCUUAUUUUGUUUUCUAUGGCUGAUGUUCAAAGAUCUAUUCCCUCCAUGAUUGAUGGCCUGAAGCCAGCUCAGAGGAAGAUCCUUUUCAGUUGUUUCAAGAGAAAUUUGGUUAAAGACAUUAAAGUUUCCCAGUUUCAAGGUUAUGUAUCUGAGAAGUCUGCUUACCACCAUGGUGAUCAAAGUCUUAAUGCUACAAUCAUUGGAAUGGCACAGAAUUUUAUUGGCAGUAAUAACAUCAACCUUCUUGCACCAAAAGGACAAUUUGGCACUCGUUGCAUGGGAGGCAAAGAUCAUGCAAGUCCAAGGUAUAUAUUUACUUGUCUUUCUCCUAUUACAAGGUUCCUAUUUCCCAAGGAUGAUGACAAACUUCUCGACUACUUAGAAGAAGAUGGUCUUUCUAUUGAACCCACAUGGUAUGUCCCGAUUAUACCACUGGUUCUUGUGAAUGGUUGUGAUGGAAUUGGCACUGGCUGGAGCACUUCCGUCCCCAAUUAUAACCCAAGAGAUAUUGUUGUGAACGUGAGGCGCUUGUUGAAUGGUGAAUCAAUGGAACCUAUGCAUCCUUGGUAUAGAGGGUUUAGAGGAACAAUUGAAAAAGGUGCAUCAAAGGAAAGCGGGGCUAGCUAUACAGUCAAUGGACUCAUAGAGGAAUUGAAUGAGACAACACUCAGGAUCACGGAGUUGCCAAUCCGUAGGUGGACUGAUGAUUACAAGGAGUUUUUGAAUUCUAUAAUAGAAGGAACUAGAGAUGAGAAGGGAAACUUACCCAAGGAUGCCUUUAUCAAGGAUUUCAAGAAGUAUGGUGAUGAUGUGAGCGUAUGUUUUGAAGUCCUCUUGUCGGAGGAGAAGAUGAAGGAAGUCAAGGAUGAGGGCUUACUGAAGAAAUUUAAACUAACAACUACAAUUAGCACAAGUAACAUGCACCUUUUUGAUCAAAAAGGCAUGAUUAAGAAAUAUGACAGCCCUGAAGAAAUUCUUGAAGAAUUUUUCCACUAUAGGUUUGAAUGUUAUGAGAAAAGGAAGACAUUAAAACUUGCUGAUCUGGAAUGGGAGUUACUGAAAUUGGAAAACAAAGUGAGGUUUAUCCUUGGGGUUGUGAACGGGGAAAUUAUAGUGAGCAAUAGGAAGAGAGCUGACCUGCUCCUGGAGCUACAACAGAAAGGUUUCACUCCUAUCCCAAAGAAUAAAUCUGCUGAAUCAAUGGUUGCUGGGGCAACUGAUGAUACAGAAGAACCAGAAGAGAGCAUAGAUGGAAAGGAAGAGAAUCCCAAGACUGUCAGUGGAAAUGGGGUGCAGGCUAGUGACUAUGAGUAUCUGCUGUCCAUGCCUAUUGGAACCUUGACCCUUGAGAAGGUUCAAAAGCUGUGUGAUGACAAGGAUAAAAUCGACGAAGAAGUUAAAAUUUUGAGAAACACAACUCCAAAGGAUCUAUGGAUGAAAGACCUUGAUGCUUUUGAGAGCCAACUUGAAAAAUUUGAAGCUGAAGAAGAGGAGGAGAGGCAGAAGUCAGUAAGUGAAGUAAAUGGUCAAGGUGGUUUUAAGGUUUCUAGACAAGCGACAAAAAAUCCAAAGAAGUAUAACAAGGCAGGCAAAAAUGCACAAGCAGCUGCAGAAACCAUGGGAAAAUCAAACCGUUCUGCAAUGGAAACAGAAACUGUUCUUGAAGUAGGAAAACCAAAAGGAAGGGCAGGCUCAAGGAAUGCUCCUGCCAAAAAGCAAGAAAAAUCCUCUCCUGUUUCAGAAGAUGAUGAUGAGGAAGUCGAAUCAUUGAAAGAUCGACUUAAAGCAUAUAGACUUGAUUCUUCACCUGAACAAUCCACUUCCAUGGAUACUGAUGUACCCCAAAUGCCUGCAACGAAAGAACAAAGCAAAAGGGCUGCUACGCAGAAGAAGCCUAUGAUAGCUGAUUCAGAAAAUUCUGAAAGUGAGGAUGAAGUAGACAUAAAUGAUGACUCUGAGGUUGAAGUGAUAGCUGCCCCAGAAACAAAAAAGAAAGGAGGGAGGAAGCCUGCUGCAAAUGCCAGAGGAGCUAAACCCCCUGCAGGAUCUAAGAAAAGAGGACCAGCUGGCAAGCAGUCUCAAGUAUUGAACCAGAAGCUUCUAACCGAUAUGCUGAAGCCUGCUGAAAAUUCAGGAAUAUCACCAGAGAAAAAGGUGAGGAAAAUGAGGGCAUCUCCAUUCAACAAGAAGAGUGGUUCUGUUUUGGGCAGGGUCAGCGAGGAAAAUGAGACGACUGAAAUUGAAGAAAUUACUGAAGUGCCAGCAAGAGCUAGACCACAAAGGGCAAACCGCGGGCAGACUAAGUAUGUGAUAAGUGACUCUGAGAGCGACGAGGCUAAUGAGAGUAGCGACCAGGACAAUGAUUCUGACUUUGAGAGCUACCACGACAAUGAUUCAGACUUUGAAUGAAGAUGAAGACUAAAUUGCUGCUUGCUUUUCUCUUGAUACAGUGUCACUUCAGAUCAGAAAUGGGAACCCUGAACUGAGCAGUGUUGGUUCUAAAGCAGCUUGAUGGUUUGAAACACGUAGUGUUUGUUAACUACUGUUGAUAUGUAUUUAGUUGCAUUGAUCAUUUGAACUUGAUUUCUUUCCUGUAAAUGGAGCCUGAUUUCUCCAUGACCUAAUUUCAUAAUCCUAUUCAACCAAA